CACUGACACCUAGGCAGUGGCAGUCAUUUCCAAAGUCCAGAGGGAAUAGACGUUUCUCAGUGGAGUGCGUAUUUUGAAAUAAAUAUUUUACAGGGACCUCAGUUUUGGAGAGAUCUAUUUUAUUCCCGUGUCGAUCGCGGAGCCACGGGAAAGCACAUUAAUAUGCAAGGCAUAAACAUGGCCUCAAGUGAAUAUCUCUGUUUGGCAUUGGCUGUGUGUUGUAUGACUUUGACCUGCAAUGGAUUUAAUAUUGACUCGCGAUUUCCAGUUGUCAAAGAUGGGAAAACCAUUGGCAGUUUCUUUGGAUUCUCUGUUGCAUUGCACAAACAGACGGACGGGUCCAAUAAAUACCUCCUUCUAGCUGGAGCACCCAAGGACAAAGCAGUGAGUCUGAGGAACGUCAACGAGACAGGUGCCAUUUACUCUUGUCCCAUCACCACAGAUCUCAACGACUGUGCAAGGAUGGACCUGGUCAGCUCCACGGACUCGACAGAGAUGGUGGAGGGAAUGUGGCUUGGGGUGACAGUGGCCAGCCAAAGAGACCUGCCAGGGGGCCGAGUGCUGGCAUGUGGGCAUCGCUACGUGAAGGUGUUGCAGGGAGGCACGGAGGAGCAGAGGCGGAUGGUGGGAAAAUGCUACGUCAGGGGAAAUGACCUGACCUACGACCCUAACGACGAGUGGCAGGCCUAUAGCUACGAGCUGUGUAACCCCAACUACGACAUGGAGCUGGAGGGGCUUUGCAACAUCGGCAUCUCGGGGGGCAUAACCGACACGGACGUCUACCUGGGCUCUGUGGGCAGCUACCUGUGGCAAGGCAAUGUUCAUGUAGUGUGGAGAAACCCUGAUCCAGGAAACACAUGGGACUCCAGUGAAAAAGACUUUGGGCAACUGGACAGCAGAAACAGUUAUAUGGGUUACUCUGUCUUUGAGGACCGGAAGUUGCUGAGUCGGGAUGACAUCACAGUGGUGACGGGGGCCCCGCGGAAUGAGUCCAUUGGCUCAGUGACGCUGGCUAAGAAGGGCAACACAAACCUGGUGCCUGAGGUUGUCAUCCUUGGAGAACAAUUGGGCUCAUACUUCGGGAACAGCCUGGCUGUCACCGACCUCAACAACGAUGACUGGAACGACUUGAUUGUAAGUGCGCCGUUCUACUUCGACCGCAAGGAGGAGGUGGGCGGGGCGGUGUACGUCUUCAUGAAUGAGAACGGAUCGUUCCAGUCGUCUCCUAGCAUGGUUCUGAAGGGUCCCACAGCAUCUGGUUUUGGAUUCGCCGUGGCAGCCAUUGGGGACGUCAACCAAGAUGGAUUCCAAGACUUUGCAGUAGGAGCCCCAUUCCAUGAGUCGGGAAAGCUGUACAUCUGGAUGGGAAGUAAGCAGGGAAUCGCCAAAGAGCCCAGUCAGGUGAUUGAGGGAAAGUCAGUAGGAAGUGGGGGGUUCCAGACCUUUGGCUACUCCAUCAGUGGAGGAAUGGACAUGGAUGAAAACAGUUACCCUGACAUCCUGGUUGGUUCACUGGACGACCGCAUCGCACUGCUCAGGGCUCGUCCAGUUAUCCAUCUCUUUAAGAACUUCACCGUACAGCCGAAGAUUGUGGACCCUAACGCUUGCCCACCUAAUAACAAACCCUGUGUGACCGUGACAGUGUGUUUCUCCUACACACUCAGCAAUGGAAAAACUAAUUUUAAGAAAGACAUCAAUGUGAAGUACACAGUGGAAGCUGACAAGGAUCGGCGGAGCCCACGAGUUCGCUUCCUUGACAAUAACCCUUACACAUACACCGGUGUCCUUACCUUACCAUCGCCCAACAUUGAGUGUGAGGUGCUGGAGCUCAGAGUGGAGGAUAAUGUGAGGGACAAGUUGGAGCCAGUGGUUUUCUUCCUCAAUGUGUCCCUGAAUGAGGAGAAGUUCAAAGUCCGAAAAGUCUUGCAGAACCUGGACUCCUACCCGGUACUGAGCCAGAAACAGAAAGUCACUGAGAAGACAGUGAUCAACUUCAAGAAGCAGUGUGGCACAGACAACAAGUGUACCAGUAACCUUCAACUCACAGCUGAGUUUGCCGACGACAAACUCAGGCCAUACCCCAGGAAGGCGUUCCAACAGGUGUUGAAUUACAUCAGUAGUGUGAAGAAGAUUAUGCUACUAGUCUAUGUGACUAACUUGCCGAACCCUAGGAAGGUAGCGGAGGAUGCCCACCAGGCCAUGCUCAACAUCACCAUACCCUCCACUCUUCGAUACUCUGGUGUGCGCUCCCCGGAUCCUGAGGUAGUGUGCCGUGCUGAGGAGACUGUUAUUUGUGACCUGGGGAAUCCACUGAAAAGCAAUAAGAAGGUUUCUCUGACCCUCAUCUUGGAGACAGCAGGUAUCAGUCUCCAAACCAGAGAGAUUGAGUGUCAGUUGCUGUUGUCCACGUUGAGUGAGCAAAAUGACCUGUAUCCUGUCUCUGUGCCCCUGCUGGUGGAGAACACCAUCCAGACCUCCUUCUCAAUAGAAAAUUCCCUGGUCCAGACACACUUCAGCGGGGAGGUGAUGGGGGAGUCCGCUAUGAAAACGACCAGGGAUGUGGGCAGUCCAGUGGAAUUCACUUUCAAGGUGUCAGUGGAGGGACAGCCAUUAGGUGCACUGGGAACCUUGGCGGUAGAAUUUGAGUGGCCCCAUGAAGUGACCAAUGGGAAGUGGCUUCUCUACCUGACUGAGAUCGUCACCGUGGGGACGGCUGAGACAAACUGCAAUCCUCCAGGGAUUGUCAAUCUGCUCAACCUCACGAUGCCAGAGAAAAGCAGCAAGCGUCACAGACGAGGGGUGGAUGACCAACCGCCAAAUAUCAUUGAGGUGCAGGCAAUCAGUACUGGGCUGUCUCCUCGAAAAGAGACCUACAAACUGGAGUGUUCAUUGGGGACUGCCCACUGUGUGACCUUCACCUGCCCCUUGGUCAACAUGUCCUCCUCUGCCAAGAUCAUUGUGAGGGCACGUGUGUGGAACAGCACUCUGUUAGAGGACUACAAAAAUGCUUUAAGGAUCGAGGUCAUAGGUCGAGCCGCACUGAAACUGGUGACGGACUCCUCCAACAUCAAUAUGGAAAGAGAGACCAGAGAGUUCCGGAUAGAUAUUGACCCUGUCCUUGGGGUGGAGCAGCCUUACGAGGUUCCUCUGUGGAUCAUUAUUGUUGCCGUAUUAGCAGGGAUCCUGCUGUUAGGAGUCAUCAGCAUCAUAUUAUGGAAGUGUGGCUUUUUCAGGAGGGCCAACAGGAGGGAAAUGUACGAGGCCAAAGGCCAGAAGGCUGAGAUGAAGACCCAGCCAUCAGAGACGGAGCGCUUGACAGAGGACUACUGAGACAGGAGAGGCCCCCACUGAGGGGCUAUGCAACACUCCACUAGGGCUCAUGGCUUGGCUUCUUCAAGCGCACCAUCUACUACCGGAUUAUGCCAAAGUACCACGGAGUGAAAAUCCGUAAGGAGGAACGCUACCAGUUCAACAUGGGCUUCCAGCCAGAGGAUCCAGGCAAGAAAUACUGGAUCACCAACUGGACAGAGAUGCAACGUUACUACUACUGAAACCCUGACCUUUGACCCUGAAACACUGAUCUCUUGAAACCUGCCAAAUCCCAGGAGAAUAUGGUGUUGUCAACACAACUGGGAAGGUGGAAAAGAACAUGUUCUUAGAUAUUGCCUGGGUUACUGACUUGAAUGACUGUUGAAAGUGAUUUUUCCCAGGCAGUUUUUUUUAUUUUUAUUUUUUUAUUCUAAGUUAAUGCUAAUCAUGGAAGAGCUGCAGUUGGAUGUUGGAGAUGUAGGAGGUUACACUUGUUUUGAACUCAGCAAUAGUGACGGGAGGACACAGUGGUUGUUGUGAGGUCACACAAGUUGUAGGUGACAGCACAAAGACCAAUUGUAAAUACUGACCAAUUUGAUUCUGAACAUUUCUGUAUAGAAAAGGCUGAGUACAAGUCAGUCAACUUGCAUACAAAUAUAUAUAUAUUUUUUAGAGCAGUAUGCUAAAUAUACGGUUUUAGAUUUAGCAAUGUCCUAAGCAUUUUGAUGAAAGCAGUGAUGUACAUUGAAAAGGGGGUGUUUUAAAAAAUCUCAUUUUGGUUGUAAUUCUUAUUUUCCUACCGGGGCAUAUAUAUAAGUAAAAGACCUUUGCAUGUACAGUGCAAACAAGGUAAAUAUGAACACAAGGGUAUAAAAAAAUACAUGAUUUUUGUUUAUCAGCUUGAACUUACACUAAACAUUAUCAUAUGAAUACAAACUUUAAUUAAAAAAGAUAUUAAUUGGCAUCAGGAAAUAAUAACUGUAUUAAAAAAUGUGUGCCAAAAUUAUUGGCACCCCUUGAAUAUCUAAUUAAUAAAAUCUAAUUGAUGUAUAUUCUAAUUAAUAUUUUACUUUUUACAGUUUAUCUGAGUCUUUGGGAACUCUUAUGUGGUCAUUCAUUACAUUUUGUUUCACCGAGAAACAAAUAUGAGGUGACACACACAAAAUAAACUCCCAUUGUCAUCAUCAACAUGAGAAAGACCAGAGAACACACAAUUGUUAAUAAGUCUAAGGGUUGCUGACCAUCACAAAUAAGGCAAUGGCUAUAAAAACAUGGAUACACCCCUGAAAAUACCCAUACCCACUAUUAGGCCAAUAAUUUAGAAAUGUUAAACACCCGGAGCUAAGAUGAAUCUUCCUGGAUGAGGACACAUGUUUUUCCCACACGCACAGUGAGAAAAGAAAAUAACAUAAUCCCAACUGUGUAGGGUAUUGGGUAUGUAAUGUUGUGGGGCUGUUUUACUUCCACAGGCACUGGGAACCUUAUUAAGACACAUGUCAACGUGGACUCCAUUAAGUACCAGAUUUAAGACCAAAACCUGUCUGCCUCUACAAGGAGCCUAAAACAGGUUUGUCAUUGGAUCUUCCAACAGGACAGCGAUCCAAAGCAUACCUCCAAAUCAACACCAAAAUUGUUCACUGACAAUAGAAUCAAGCUUUUGCAAUAGCCAUCACAGUCCCCUGACCUAAAUCCCAUUAAAAACCUGCGGGGUGAGCCAAAGAGCAGUGCCCACAGACGAGGACCAAGGACUCUUAAGGAUCUGGAGAGUUUAUAUAUUGAGGAUUGGUCUCAAAUUCCUUCCAGUGUGUUGUUCUGUCUCAUCAAACAUUAUAGGAGAUGGCUAAGAGCUUUUAUCUUGGGAAUGGGAGGGUGCACAAAGUGCAAAAUGCAGGGAUCCCAAUAAUGUAUUUUUUUUCUUUGAACAGUUUUAAUUAGAUUCAUAUGAUAUUUGGAGUGUAAGAUCAAGCUGACGAACAAUGUUUUUUGUCCAUAUUUACCUAGGGUACCAAUAAUUCUGGAGGCAACUGUAUAUUUUUGUUGCAUAUGAGAUUGUGGAGGAAACUUACCGUUUGUCUUUAUUUCUGUUUGUGAUCAGAUGAAUACGCCUCUACCAUGUAUUUGUUGAAGAUCUGCAUUGCAACCUGGUUAAUAUUCAUAACAUUCCCGCAUUUACAGUUAAUGUUGCAUGUCGACUGAUUCGUCUGUUACUGUUAAAUGUCCAUUGCCCUAUAAUGCUGAACUUCUGGGCUACGGAUUGGAUCUAGGCCGCAGUGGCUGUAGAUGUACCCGUCCAUGUUCCUCUCUCAUCUGUCUGCGUUUGUUUGGUGGACAGCGUCAGUGCUUCAGCGAUGAUGUCACCACAACAGCGGUUGUGCAGAUCUCUAUCGGUCGGCAUUGGGACUUUGUUAUGAGCGAACAACAAGAGUGCCUUAAAAGAUGGAUUCUGCCUUGACCCUUGCACAGGACAUGAGCGGAGUGCACGCAGUGCACCUCAGGGCCGUGUCCAGCAGUGUGACGUGGGGGCGUGUCCAGCAGUGUGACGUGGGGGCGUGUCCAGCAGUGUGACGUGGGGGCGUGUCCAGCAGUGUG